AUGACUAUGAAGAAUUGGAGAAAUUUGAACCAACCACAAUGGGUAGUUGGAGUGAGUCAAUUUGAUGGUAAUGAUGGUGGAAACAACAAGUGGAGGUUGAUGGGUUUGGUUGUUGAUGAUGGACAGAGGAUUUUGGUCAUUGGUGUUGUAGGUAUUGGGAGGAGUUUGGUCAUUGAGAGGAAGGGCGGACCUAUCAGAGUUGGCCAUGGGAAACGUUACAAACCAUCUCUCCUUGUCCGUUUGUCGCUUCUUGUUUCUUGCAGUGGCGGCAGCUGUGCCUUAGAAGUUUUCAAUUUCCUGUUUUCUUGGCCGUUUUCGUUUUGGGUUGCGGCCCAAUGUGGGCGUAUUGUGGGAGUUUGCUACUUGUACGAUGAUGCAUAUAAGCUAAUGGAAAGGAGACUGAAUAUUUUAUUUUGA